UAUCACAUCCGUUUGAUGGCGUAUAAAAAGUCAGAAAUUUGUUGAAACACCAGCAACAUUUGGUCGUCUCGUGUUGGUUGAUACCUUUGUAGGUUCGACUCCCUUGAUAAGUGAAGAACAUCCAAUAAGGUGUUCAUCAUGACGACGUGUAAACCCAAUCAGAGCCUGAAGACCAUAAUAUUUAUAGCCAUCCUGUGCUUUUCGUGCGGAACAAUGAAGAGCCUGGGAACAAGUGCGGCUGGAAUCCUGCAUUCAAGAGAGUCCAUAUUUGGCCAAGAAGGGUCAUCAGGUUCUGGCACGGGUGGUAGUGGCAGCUCACCAGGCGGAGGCAGCAGUGGAACAGGGGGGAUUGGCUCCUCGCUUGGAUCGGGCGCUGACGGAAGCCUUUCGGGUACGGGGAGCUCUGGAACAGCGGGAAUUCGUGGUCUCGGUGGCAGUGGAAGCACAGGGACGAUGACUGGCUCGGGGACGAGUGGAAGCGGAGGUUCGUCUGGUACGGGUGGCGCUGCUACUGGUACAGGAACUGGUGGGCUCGGAAGUAUUCCAGGCAUCGGAACAAAUGGCAAUGGCAUUUCUAGUGGAUAGAUCGCGGGCAUGCAUGUAUGACUCGGGGUUGGAAGAUGUACAAGUUAGAGUCAAUGCUCGACUUGGAACAAGCGACUAACGCCAAACAACAGAUGGAAUGGUGACGGUGGGACACUAAUUUCUGGGAAACCAAACUCGAGCGCGUCUGUUUCUUUGUUACCUGUUGCCUUAAUAAAAUGGACAUAAAGGAGAAAAAUUACUUA